UUAAAUUUGUAUAAAUAUAAAUAUGAAAAUCAUUCUUCAAAAUCUAUAAAUAAAACAUAUCAACUCAUAAAUAAUAACAAUAUUGAGACUUUAUAUAUAAUAUUCUCUAUAAUCGGGGCAUUUUUUGGAGAACUUCUUGACAUAACAUUGUUUGGGUGUUCAACAGACAUGUUUAAUUUUUCAAAUAUCACAAUACUUACAAUUUCGAUAUUAAUUUCCCAAGUUUUAUUAACAAAAAUAUUAAAUUUUAAUGAAAAAACUAAAAUAAAUUCAUUUUUGAUAUUUUUUAUUCAAUUAACAAGAUUUUAUACUUUUAAUAUGUUUUAUUUUAUUACAAAAAACAAUGAUGAAAAUAAAAUAAAUUUAAACUCAUAUAACAUAAUAUUGUCUAUAUUCCAUUAUUUCUCAAGUGCUAUUGGCAUAACAAUCGCACAUUUUUAUAUGUGUUUUAAUGAUUCUUAUAAAAAUGAGGAUAGUAACCUAACACCAUUUACUACUUUGACAAAAUAUAAAAAAACACUUAAAUAUCCAAAAAAUCUUGCUAAAUCCAGGAGAAUAUCAUUGCCUGUUAUGUGGAAAAUAAAGACCUCAUCUAGCUCUGAAUACGAAUCGAAGCUUCAUCCCAACACAACACUUAGGCCGAAAAGUUAUUUAAGGCACCCUGAGCCUGAUAAUAAAACGGAAGGUCAUUUGACCGAUACCCCGAAUAUGGCAAAUACUAACUCGAAUACCGCGAGUCACAAAAAGUUUCGAAAAAUAAGCAACGAAUUGUAUUCUUUACUUUCUGUGGAAUCCUCCCUGGUGGCCCAAGCCAAGGGGCUCCUCUCCGACAUGUUAUUCAUGAUGGAAACCAAAACUGACGGUUAUUCGACGACUGAUUCCGUUUUAACUAUUUCGAUGUUUGAGCGGGUGCUGAGCGGACUGAAGAGCCUGAAUAAGCUACUGGAACCCGUUCAUGAAACUCUGCAGUCCUUGACCGAUUAUAAUUAUAGAGAGAUCGGGUCAUCUUCCCUCAGAAAGUCCCAUAUCUAUGUCAACUCACCACACCAGUUAGCCGUACUAUCCGACUCUACCUCGACGCAUUUGCAAGAAGGUCUAAAUUUCAAGGGAGGAAAAAAACCUUCCUCUUCAGAUACCGCUCGGCGCGAGAUUAUACCAGGGCAACGCUAUUCCGAUAUAGAUUUACCCUCCAACGACUUUUACGGGGGCCAAUCGAACGACAGCGUCGGAUUCGAGCCCACGCCUCAAUAUUUUAAUUCGGCGCGUCGAUCUAUUAGCCAAAUGGGCUUGCCUAAGAAAUCAGUGCGCAAAAGUUACAUACCUUCCCCAUCACGACGCGUGUCCUCCAUCGGUGGAAUUUGGAACACAACGACAUCCGCUACAGGAAUCCCUAUCUUGAACGCCACUUUGCAUCCCUCUUCUAAUCCCGUUCUUUCCUCGCAAUCCCGCUUAGACGAUAACAGAAAACAAGAACGAAACGAAGUCCAUGGAGAAAACCGAUUAAAACUACUAUCCAACCUUAAAGUUGGAUUUGAUAGUUUUGAAGGUUCGAAUACCGCCUAUUCCUCUGAAACGAAGUACCGAAACUUUUUCGACGUCAAUGAGGCCCGCGACGCGCACGUCAUGAAUAGCAUUAAUAACGAUAGCGGAGUGUCUACUGAAGAUUCUCCGCCGUUUAAUGCUAGAGUCAAUUUACAAGCCGAUAUCGCUAAUCGUUAUCCCCGCCAAGAUAAGCCUCUUAAGUCGGGCCAAUUAGAAUUUGAUACUUCUUCUUCCAUAAUUGGCGGUAUAAUUAAAGCAGGCCAAUGUAUUUCCUCUCAAAACAAGUCUUCACCUGUCGAAAGUUCCUCUGCGCGAAAGGGGGACGAUACGACCAAGUCCUUAUCGUCUGGGCCUAAUAGUGUCGGAGCGGUAGAUGGUACGCCGCUUUUAAUUUCUCCCCAUAAAAAUAAGGAGGAGGAUAGAAAAGAAAAUGUCGAAUAUUCGGGUAAAACUGAGCCCGAUCGCACCCGAAAGAGUGUCAAAAAUGAUAGGAAAAAGCAUGUGAUCGACGACAAAAAUCUCGAAAAAAAUAUGAAGGACGAUACGGAUGUUGUUUUCCGUGAGGAAAAAAAAUCCGUAGUACCGGAAAAAACGAAAGAUACAGCCAUAACCAGUCCCAUGACGGGCGCCAAUGAUGGUAAGCGGAUAAUCGAGGUAUACGACGGUACUAUAUAUAAGUUGGACGAGCUCGAAAACGAUCCGUUACUCAACCGCAUCAAUAACUGGGAUUUCCCCAUAUUUGAGUUUUCGGAAAAGGCCGGUCCGACCACUCUUAGCCAGCUGGCGUAUAGAAUAUUUUACGAGGCCAAUUUGUUCGAAAUUUAUAAAAUUCCCUUACGAAAAUUCCUCAAUUUCUUUCACGCUCUGGAAAGUGGUUACAAAGAUAAUCCAUAUCAUAACAGAAUACAUGCGGCGGAUGUUUUGCACGCCGUGUAUUAUCUUACAUCUCAACCCAUCCCAGGAUUUCAAGAGCAAUUGACAUACCUGGAACACACAUCUAAUAGUCAUAUGCAAUCAUCCAAUUUUCCCGCCAAUUCGAUCUCCAAAGCUUUAGGCUCUAACCCCUUAAACGAAUUGUUCAAAAAACACGAGUGUUGCCAUGGCAAUUCUAACGUUGCCAAGGAUAAAAACGAGACGGAUAAAAAUAAGGAUGAACCUGCUCAGGAAGAUUUGACCGUACUCGACAGUCAGAUGGGGAUUUUGGCUAAAAAUUUGAGCCCGCUCGAGGUUAUGGCUCUUUACACGGCGGCGGCCAUGCACGAUUACGAUCAUCCUGGGCGAACCAACGCUUUCUUAGUAUCCACUUCUUCCCCUCAUGCCAUCCUUUAUAACGACAAGAGUGUCCUCGAAAACCAUCACGCGGCCGCUUCGUGGAGUCUCUACCUAUCGCAUCCAGAAUUUCAAUUCCUGAAUAAUACAGACGACUCCGCCCCUUCAUCUUCUACCCCAAUACAAAAUGAUCAGCUGACUGGCACAGGUGGACAAGUUCCUAGCAAUAAGGUGACACCCCGAACGAGGUCAACUGGUGGGCAACCCAAUCCCAUGAACAGUUCUUUUUCUAGUCUCUCUACAGGGGACUUCAAAAGGUUCCGGUACAUAGUCAUUGAGUCCAUCCUGGCCACUGACCUUAAAAGGCAUUUUGAGAUAUUGGCCGAGUUCAACGCCAAGAUCAACGAGGAUGUGGGCGGCAUAGAUUGGAUAAACGAAUCUGAUAGACUUCUAGUCAUUCAGAUGUGCAUCAAAUUAGCGGAUAUUAACGGCCCAUGCAAACCAAAAGAUUUACAUUUGCAAUGGACCCAUAGGAUAACCGAGGAAUUUUAUCAACAAGGUGAAGAAGAAUAUAAACUUGGACUGGAAAUUUCGCCUUACAUGGACAAAAGGUAUCCCCAGGUGGGAAAAUUGCAAGAAUCCUUCAUAACUCACUUGGUAGCUCCAUUGAUAAAUUCAUUUUCCACUGCAGGAUUUCUUCCUGGCUAUUGGGAAUUCAUCUAUUGCGACGAGGAGACUCCCGACAUUGCCGGUCAAGGGACAAUAUCACCAUUUUCAACGACCGCUAUAACCGAAAACCGACUGGAUCAAUCUGUAAUGCAGACCAACUCGUUCCAAAUUAGAAAAGAAAGUGACAUCUUUGAAAAAGAUACCUCCAUGCGUAAGCGAUGCGCUUUCAGCCAUCUUACCCAUUUCCUCCGCCAAAAUCACAUGUACUGGAACGAGAUAAUAAAAAACGACGAAUUGCAAAGAUCCGUCAUUCUUAGUGUCAAGAAGAAAGUUAGCACUAAAUCGUUGCCCCCUUUAGAUAUAAUUAUAACCGAACAUCCAUCAGAGAAUAAGGAAGCACAUCCAGGGCCUUAAAAAGAAUACCCAGAAAAAAACAACAUUUGACUACAAAAAAACAAUAAAUAUAAUAAUAAUUAAAUAUAGAUCUCAAACCUAAAAAAAAUUAAAAUUUCCUAGAAAUUUAUUUUCUUCUAUCGAUCAUUUACUACUAACUAUUGAAAUAGAUAUUUUAUAUCUUUUUCCAUAAAAUUUUUAAAUGUUUAUCACAUACUUAAAUGUAACCAAGAACCUAAUGUAAGAUUAUAUUAUAGAAUUAGCUUUCCAUCUAUCUUCGGCCUUAGAUGUAUUAUAUGUAAAAUGUAUUACCAAUCGUUAUAAUUUAUCGAUAAAUUAAUUAUUCGAAUACCUUUUAAAUAAAAGGGACAAGGAUCUUAUUCUGUAAAUCUUAAUUUUUAAGAUUUCAUUUUUCGAGAUUCAAAUUUUUUUCCCCAUAGAAUAGGUAUGCUAUAUAUAAAAUAAUAAUAAUAUAUUAUAUAAAUUACCCUGAUAAAAUUUAUUAUUUUUUAAACGUACGCAUGUAAUCCGAACUGAGUUUAUG